GUACACCAGAAAAACUUGUCCUGUAAGAUUUAAUAGCUUAACAGCCAUGUACUACUGGCAUAAUUAUAUUUUGUCAUAACUUAAUUGGUUAAUAAUUGCUCAUCCCAGACACACAUUUAGGAGCCUUCCUUUCUUAGGAAUUAAUUUUCAAAAAUAAAGGAAGAGAGUGGUUGUUUGCUUUGGGGUUAUUCCAAUCACCAUACAGUACAUCUGAAUAAUAUAUAGAUUUUAAUUAAUUUAACUGAAAACUUGAAUCCUUGACACAGAUUCCCAGACUUAGUCCUUGGAGCCCCUGUGUGUUAACUGUUUUUCAUUUAAGCUAACAUUCCAAUUCCUGAAAUAUGUUGAUGGUUUUUAAUGAGACAUUGAUGUUUAAUGAGGGAUUAUUUACCCUCCUGAUGUCUCCAUGUGAAACAUAUUCACUUUGCAAAAAUACAUUCAGUAAAAUCCCUUAAUGCUAAAUAUGUGGGCACCUGAUAACUGAGACAAAAACCAAGUAAACGGAUAUGAGCCAAAGAUCUUGAUCUUUGGAAAAUGUGCAAUAAAACAAUUGCAAUAAAUAUGGUACUUAAUUUGUUGUUAUCGCCAAAGUUUAAAAUACGCAGGUUGUAAAAAGUAUCCGAAGUUUUUCUACAUUUUAAUACACUGAAAUAUAGAAUACAUUUUAAUAAAUGAUGGAUUCAGAUUCCCAUUUAUUUUACCUUUAUUAUAACAGGGACUUCAAAUUUAGACCAACGGUCUCUUUAUCAAUGGACUCCUAUGACCUAUACAAAACCCAAACAUUUAAUGGACCAUGGAAUUAAUAAACAGCGGUGAACGUUAGAAUAUACGAGAACCAAAAGAAUAAAAUUGAAUCAUAUCAUUAAAGGAAACCAUUUACCAACCGCUUUUUACCAAUAACGCGACCUGUUCUCUAGUAGGGAAUCAGUUCUGUGUGACUUGGAGUUCAUUCCUUGCCCGUGUCGCAGACAAACUGUGAACUUACGCCUUGGUAAGGGAUUUAAAGAAUAUCCGUGCCCUACGUUAGGGGCGCACAGUGGAUCCGCUUCCUGGUGUGUAAGUAGCAAAUGGCGAGGCAAACGAUCUUGUUGACUGACGGCUGUGUCGUUAGUCAUUAUCGUUCUAAUAUAGCGCAUAGCGCACAGUCUGAGCGGGCAUUUUUUUUUCAAGCGUCAAAGUUGCAGCACGCUACAAGAACGGCUGACGGAUAGAGUGAAGAUUCUUGGACAAUGGGCGGAGACUGGAAUCCAAUUGGCUGUGGCAAGCUGGUCCUGCUUCUCUUUCUCAAUGUUCACGCCAGCAAGAAUUUGGUUCACCAUGGAGUUUCCCCUCUUAGCGGAACAGACUGCUCCCAGAUCAAAAGUCAACACCCUGAAGCCACCAGUGGGGUGUACAUGAUUAAACCUGCGGGUGUCCCAAAACCUUUCAAGGUGUUCUGCGAGAUGCGGUCGGACGGUGGUUGGACCGUGUUCCAGAGGCGUUCGGGAGGAGAAGUGUCCUUCCGGAAGAACUGGCUCGCCUACAAACGCGGAUUCGGGAAACGUAAGGCUGUAGGCGACCACUGGCUGGGGCUCCAGAGGCUGUGGGCGAUCACCAAAGCGGGGGGCAGUCGAUGGGCCCUGAGGGUGGACCUGUGGGACUUUGAAGGGGGGUCUGCGUUUGCGGAGUACAGCGACUUCAAGUUGGGAAAUGAGAGCCAGGCCUACGGGCUGAGAGUGGGGGAGUACUACGGCACAGCGGGUGACGCCAUCCGCGGGCUCCACCCCACCGACGGGCUGUGGCCCGGAAACGACCAGAACUGCCGCAGCUUCAGCACCCUGGACCGGGACGACAGCAGCUGCAUGUCCUGCGCGUUCGGCGACAUGUACAUGGACAACUGCAGCGAGGAGGAAGGGGGAGGGGGCUGGUGGUACAGCCGCCGCUGCGGGUUGGCCAGCCUCCACGGCGACUGGCACCCGGCCGGCAAGAACGAGUUCCGGGGGUCCGGCCUCUACUGGCGCACCUGGAAGGACAGGAACUAUUACUCCGCCCGUGCCACCCGCAUGAUGGUGAAGGCUCUAAACUAGAGCAGAACGGAGAUCGCGGACGGCCGUGUCAGAAGCUUACUGCCACUGCACAUGUAGCAAACCCAUAAUGCACCUAGGUGUCAAUCAGUCCCCCCCCCCCCCCGUGGAAAGGGGUUUGUAUCACUUUAAAGCCUGCCGUUCUUCAACAAGAAUUACACCACUCUGAUAUUCUCACUUCUUAUGCAGCUUCAUGUUAUAAUGCACUGAAAUCAUCCGUAAUGAUCAGUCUCGACUGAGUAAUAAUCCACACCCAUGUUAUUGGUAACUGCAUUAACCUUCUGAAACAGUUUUUUAUUUUUUAUUUUAUUUUUUGCUCAUACUUAAUGUAAACGUGAGUGAUAUAACAAAGUAAAUGGUUUGCACUCCCAA